GAUCAACGCUCCCAGGUACAUACAAUUUUUCCCUCGCCCCCCCCUCCCCAGACCCACACGCCAGGCGUACAGUUGUCAAGCGCUUCGUCCGGCCGGGUCCAUCCUCCCACUGCCGGUGCGUCGCCGGCUGGUGGCCAUGCCGGCGGUCUGUUGCUGCCGAUGGUCUGGCCAGGCGUGAUGACCGGCGAGACGCCGCAGCGAGGCCGAGCCCCGGGGCUCGCGGCGCCCGGCGCCAGGCCGAGCUCGGCCGAGCUGAACCAGUCGACCGGACUGAACCCGAUCACCUGCCUCCUGCACCGCAGCCAGGCCGCCCAGCAACUUCACCGGCCCGAGGGCUUCGGGCCGAACUCGAGUCGCGAAGCUCCGCCGCCGCCGCCGCCGUUGCCGCCGCACAAGAGUCCCGUGGUACCAACGAGCCAAUCACAGAAGCCCGGCCAGUCCCCCUUAGGCCCACUGCCGGCGAGUCUACGAGCCUCGGCUCUGCCUCGACAGACCAGCGACGCCCAGGCCGGUUCGACGCCCGACACGACGUCCCGCCUCGCCCUAACAACCGCCGUUGAACCUUCAACGCCUGAAGAACACCGACACCGACACCAACAUCAACAUCAACAGCACCACCAGCAGCAGCAGCAGCAACAGCAGCAGCAACAACAACAACAACAGCGCCAGAGGGCACGUGAGCUCUACGUGGCCCUGCGGCAUCGGCAGAACACUCCGAGCCAGCCGGAGUCGAGCCCGAGGCAGUUGCAGUUGCAGUUGCAGCUGCAGACGCCGCUGCUUCAGCACAGCCUCGCCACGACUUCGCUGGCCGCCGCCUCGAGACCCAGAACCACGGCCAAGUCGUCGAUCCGAAUCGCCGAGCCGUCGGGGACCGGGUCGUCAGGGCCUCUGGCUGUGAGGGGCUUGAGCGAGCCGAAAACUAGAACCGACCAGGCCUGGUCCGUGUCAACGGCGUCGAUGCCGACCACGGCAACGGCCGGAUCGGGCCGAGCUGCCGGCGUCGGUAUGGGAUUCGCCCAGUUGGCCGGGCUCCUGCAAGCAAAAGAGGCGGUGGAGGAGGAGGAGCAUAAACCGAGUCGAGCCGAAGGACCAGUCGGUACCGAAGUCGAGCCAACGCAGGGUGGCAGACCGGCCGCGAGACCCACCGAUCCGCUGCUUGGCGACACCGGACCGGGCGCACGACGACUCGGUUCGAUGAGUCAGAGUUCUGGCGAGAAGCAGACGAGCCCGAGUCAGCAUCGUCUCGUCGACUUUGCUCGCAUGCAAAUGCACACUUUGCCCAGACAAGUGGGCCGGACACCGGUGGCCGGUGGAGACGGCUCGCUCUUCAGCCUCGGCCUGCGCAGGCGACUGGCGGGACUCGAGCUGGCCGAAUAUGCGCGGUAA